AUUGGAAAGAGGUUCUUGGAGGUAACUAGUAAAUCAUCGUUUGCGCGGUAGGUGAAGCCUUUUCCGAACCGGAUGAACUCCGAACCAAAUGACGGUCGACCUCCAAUGGUGUGCGGCCCAUCUCCGGUCAUGCAACGCCAGCUGUUGGAUAUUAAAGGGGCGACAGCUCCAUCAGCUUCUCCUCAAAGCCGGCUUCUCCGCCUCCAUCUUCACCGCCAACUGUCUUCUACAGAUGUACGCGCGUUGUGGCACGAACCUAUCCGACGCCCUCCUUCUGUUUGAUGAAAUGAUCCAUCGGAACUGCUUCUCUUGGAACUCCCUCAUCGACGCAUGUAUCAAGUUCGGAGACUCCUCUUAUUCCGUUCAAUUAUUCGAUAGGAUGCCGCGGAAGAACGAGUAUUCGUGGAAUGCCAUUAUUACUGGUCUGGUUAGGUUAGGUGAUAUUGGGAAUGCGUGGAGGCUGUUUGAGGAUAUGCCAAUGAAGGAUGCGAUUGCUUUGAAUUCGUUGCUCCAUGGCUACUUUCGUAGCGGGAGAGCUCAAGUGGGUUUCAGUGUUUAUAAGAGAUUGAAUUCAGGAUUAGAGGAACACUCCUCAUUGUGCCUUGAUGCGUUUGUGUUGGCAACUGUAAUAAGCGCUUGUGCUGAGUACAGGACUCUUCAUCUUGGCAAGCAAAUUCACUCCCAGAUAGUUGUCAGCAAGGUAGAGUUAGAUGCUGUUUUGGGCAGUGCUCUUGUGGACAUGUAUGGCAAGUGCGAGGAUAUGACCAAUGCACGUAAAGUUUUGGACUUGACGACGGAGCAGGACGAGUUCUCUUUGUCAGCUUUGAUCACUGGAUUUGUUAAGUGUGGUAGAUAUGAUGAGGCAAGAAGGAUUUUUUAUAGCAGACCUGACCCCGGUAUUGUCUUGUGGAAUUCAAUGAUCACUGGGUAUGCUUCAUAUGGUCAUGUAGAAGAGGCAUUGGCCUUAUUUGAAAUGAUGAUGAGAAAAGGAGUUUAUCCGGAUUCCUCAACUUCAGCUACUAUUUUGAGCGCUUGUGCUUCUUUAGGCGCACUUAGAAACGUGCUACAAAUUCAUGCUAAUGUAUUAAAGUAUGGAUUUUUGGAUGGCAUAAUUGUUGGAAGCGCUUUGGUUGAUUCUUACUCGAAGGCUGGUGAUUGGGACAAUGCUUGCAAGGUUUUUGGCGAGUUGAAGGUUCAUGACACCGUCUUGCUGAAUUUAAUGAUCAAAGUGUACUCUAGCCAUGGUAGGAUUGCUGAAGCAAGGCAGGUUUUUGAUGAGAUUCAAGGCAAGACUGUGAUCUCAUGGAACUCCAUGAUUGUUGGUUAUAACCAGAAUGGUUUUGUGACUGAAGCACUGGACCUCUUCUCUGAAAUGCGCAGAUCUGCUGUUGGGAUAGAUGAGGUGACUUUGGCAAGCGUUAUAAGUGCUUCUGCUUCAAUAUGUUCACUUGGCUUUGGAGAGCAGGGCUUUGCCCUGGCAUUGGUCUGGGGGUUUGAUUCAGACCAAAUAAUUUCUACUUCGCUAGUUGAUCUUUAUUGCAAGUGUGGUUUUAUGACCGAAGGCUGGAAGAUCUUUGUAGCUAUGAGAAAGCUGGAUGAGGCCCCUUGGAACUCAAUGCUAAUGGGCUAUGCUUCAAAUGGAAUGGGAUCUGAAGUUCUCAGAUUAUUUGAAGCCAUGAAAAAUGCUGGCGUGGCACCAAAUGAGGUGACAUUUAUUGCAGUCCUCUCAGCUUGCUGCCAUUGUGGGCUUGUUGAUGAAGGUUUGAGAUGGUUUUAUUGCAUGAAGGAUGAAUUUGGUUUGAACCCUUUUAUUGAGCACUACUCGUGCAUUGUUGGCUUGCUGGUUCGAGCAGGUCGAGUGGAGGAAGCAUUGGAUUUUAUCAAUGACAUGCCUUUCGAGGCGGAUGCUAGCAUGUUGACAUCACUGCUUGGUGGUUGUAAGGUUGUUGGCAAUGAUUUGCUUGCUGAUAAGGUGGCAAAGAGACUUAUUGAGCUCAGUCCCAGCCAGUCAAGUUCUUAUGUUCAAAUAUCCAGCAUCUAUGCUGCAAAUGGUGAUUGGCAUAAAUCACAAAGUGUUAGGUCUUUGAUGUGUGAGCGGAGAAUAAGAAAGAAUCCAGGUUUUAGUUGGAUUGAUAGAUAGACUAUUCUAAACAUAAUGCAUAAGAUUCAGAGCUUGAUGUUGGUAAUGUUAUAUUCUUUUUUAUGAUGAGCAGCUUAAGAGCUUUAAAGUAACCGAUAUUGGGGACUUCUGAUCAACUUAAUGCAAUGUUCGACAGAUAUUCCUUAA